AUGGACGUGGACGUGGACGUGGACAUGGACGUGGACGUGGACGUGGACGUGGACGUGGACGUGGACGUGGACAUGGACGUAGACGUGGACGUGGACAUGGACGUGGACAUGGACGUGGACGUGGACGUGGACGUGGAGGACGUGGACGUGGACGUGGUGGACGUGGACGUGGACGUGGACGUGGACGUGGAGAACUUGGACGUGGACAUGGACGUGAACGUGGACGUGGAGGACUUGGACGUGGACAUGGACGUGGACGUGGAUGGACGUGGACGUGGACGUGGACGUGGACGUGGACGUGGACAUGGACGUAGACGUGGACGUGGACGUGGACGUGGACGUGGACGUGGACGUGGACGUGGACGUGGACUGGACGUGGACGUGGACGUGGACGUGGACGUGGACAUGGACGUGGACAUGGACGUGGACGUGGACGUGGACGUGGACGUGGACGUGGACGUGAACGUGGACAUGGACGUGGACGUGGACAUGGACGUGGACAUGGACGACGUGGACGUGGACGUGGACGUGGACGUGAACGUGGACGUGGACCUGGACGUGGACGUGGACGUGGACGUGGACGUGGACGUGGACAUCGACGUGGACGUGGACGUGGACGUGGAGAACUUGGACGUGGACGUGGACGUGGACGUGGACAUGGACGUGGACGUGGACGUGGACGUGGACGUGGACGUGGACAUGGACGUAGACGUGGACGUGGACAUGGACGUGGACAUGGACGUGGACGUGGACGUGGACGUAGACGUGGAGGACGUGGACGUGGACGUGGAGGACGUGGACGUGGACGUGGACGUGGACGUGGAGAACUUGGACAUGGACAUGGACGUGAACGUGGACGUGGAGGACUUGGACGUGGACAUGGACGUGGACGUGGAACGUGGACGUGGACAUGGACGUGGAGUGGACGUGGACGUGGACGUGGACAUGGACGUGGACGUGGACGUGGACAUGGACGUGGACGUGGACGUGGACGUGGACGUGGCCGUGGAGAUGGACGUGGACGUGGACGUGGCCGUGGACGUGGACGUGGACGUGGACGUGGACGUGGAGGACGUGGACGUGGACGUGGACGUGGAGGACGUGGACGUGGACGUGGACGUGGACGUGGAGAACUUGGACGUGGACAUGGACGUGAACGUGGACGUGGACGUGGACGUGGACGUGGAGGACGUGGACGUGGACAUGGACGUGGACGUGGACAUGGACGUGGACGUGGAGGUGGACAUCGACGUGGACGUGGACAUGGACGUGGACGUGGACGUGGACAUGGACGUGGACGUGGACAUGGACAUGGACGUGGACGUGGACAUGGACGUGGACGUGGACAUGGACGUGGACGUGGACGUGGACGUGGACGUGGACAUGGACGUGGACGUGGAGAUAGACGUGGACGUGGACAUAGACGUGGACAUGGACGUGGACAUGGACGUGGACGUGGACGUGGACAUGGACGUGGACGUGGACAUGGACGUGGACAUGGACGUGGACAUGGACGUGGACAUGGACAUGGACGUGGACAUGGACGUGGACAUGGACGUGGACAUGGACGUGGACAUGGACGUGGACAUGGACGUGGACAUGGACGUGGACAUGGACGUGGACAUGGACGUGGACAUGGACGUGGACAUGGACGUGGACAUGGACGUGGACAUGGACGUGGACGUGGGCGUGGACGUGGACGUGGACGUGGACGUGGAGAUGGACGUGGACGUGGACGUGGAGGACUUGGACGUGGAGAUGGACGUUGACGUGGACGUUGACGUGGACAUGGACGUGGACGUGGACAUGGACGUGGACGUGGACGUGGACAUGGACGUGGACAUGUACGUGGACGUCGACGUGGAAGUGGACGUGGACGUGGAGAACUUGGACGUGGACAUGGACGUGGACAUGGACGUGGACGUGGACGUGGACGAAGACAUGGUCGUGGAUGUGGACAAGGACGUGGACGUGGACAUGGACGUGGACAUGGACUUAGACGUGGACGUGGACGUGGACGUGGACGUCGUCGUGGACGUGGACGUGGUCUUGGACAUGGACGUGGACGUGGACAUGGACGUGGACGUGGACGUAGACAUGGACGUGGACCUAGACGUGGACGAGGAUGUGGACGUGGACAUGGACGUGGACGUGGACGUAGACAGGGACAUGGACUUGGACAUGGACGUGGACGUGGACAUGGACGUGGACAUGGACAUGGACAUGGACGUGGACGUGAACGUGGACGUGGACAUAGACGUGGACGUGGACGUGGACAUGGACAUGGACAUGUCCACAUCCACGUCUAUGUCCACGUCCACGUCCACGUCCAUGUCCAUGUCCACGUCCACGUCCACGUCCAUGUCAUUUGCACUCUAA